AUAAGCACCUCCUAUACAUGUCAGCAAGGCCGUACGCCUUUAUUCGCCCGGACCGUUUGGAUGAUCCAGUCUCUCUAAUGAAAGCGAAGUCAUGUCGGCACCUGCCAUGGGGACCAGCAAACCAGCGCACGAUUCGAGUAACAAGAAGAAAAAGGGACCCGGAGCUUUGGCCGUCGCUUACCUGGUCAUUUACAACGUGGUUAUGACAGCAGGAUGGCUGGUCAUUGCUGUUGGACUUGUUCGAGCAUAUCUUGCCAGAGGCAGCUAUCAUGGGCUCUAUUAUUCUAUAGAGAAGCCCCUUAAAUUCUUUCAGACUGGUGCACUUCUUGAGAUAUUGCAUUGUGCAGUGGGGAUUGUUCCCUCUUCUGUGGUCCUGACUGGUUUCCAGGUGAUGUCACGGGUAUUCCUUACCUGGGCAGUCACACACAGUGUUAGAGAAGUCCAAAGUGAAGACAGUGUCCUUCUCUUUGUGGUGGCCUGGACCAUCACCGAGAUCAUCCGGUACUCCUUCUACACAUUCAGCCUGCUUAACCAUCUGCCUUACCUCAUUAAAUGGGCUAGGUACACAUUUUUCUUUGUGCUGUACCCCAUGGGAGUGGCGGGGGAACUUCUGACGAUCUACGCUGCGCUACCAUACGUGCAGAAAACAGGGCUUUACUCCAUCACCUUGCCUAAUAAAUACAACUUCUCCUUUGACUACCACACCUUCCUCAUCCUCGUCAUGCUCUCCUACAUCCCAUUAUUCCCUCAGCUAUAUUUCCACAUGAUUCGCCAGAGGAAGAAAGUUCUGGGUCACGUGGACGAGUACAGCAAAGUGGAAUAACUAACCCCGCCAUGCUACCUCAUAGCAGACUGAUGGAACCAAUGGAAAAAGAGGAUAACUUUUAAAAGCCACACUUCACAGAUUUAAAAAAAAAAGAGAAAAGAAGGAAAACCCUUCUUGUUCAUAUACAGAACAGACAUUAAGAUGAUUGCUAACAUUAAUACUUUGAUAUAAAAUGAUUUCCGUUUGUGAUUUUAGGGAUCUUGUAACGGCUUCAAAUGCUUUUCCUCACUUUAGAUGGGAAUUGCAUUAUCAAACUAAUGCAUAAGUUACUGUGUGAGGAUUUUGUUUUGUUUUUUGUUCUACUGUAGGUUUACUGACCAAAUUUAGUAGCAGAUUUUGACUUGCCAUUCAAGAAAUACGACUAGAAUGGGUGUUUUCAAAGAGAAGGGAUAUCCCAUAAUUCUGAGUACUACUGUGUUCUGUACAGUAAUGACUUAAAUAUCUGCAUCUCACAUAGCCCAUUUCUGUUGCUUUAUGUAUCAGUAUGUGGAUAAUGUUUUGCAUAAAACACUUUUGAUGACUCAUUGCAUUUUUGCGCCUAUUGAAACACUAAAAUGUCCAAAUUAUUACUGUAAGUAUUUUUGUUUCUUUGUUUCGUGCCGUGUUUUUUGAUAAGGAUCAAUGUCCAUUUCCUCAAACCAUUGUUUGUUGGUUGUUUUGUUCAGUAUUGGAUAAAUAUUGUCUGUUUGCUCAGAAAAGAAUUGUACCACUAAAAGAAACUGGAUGAGUUGCUGAGACCUUACAGUCAAUGCUAUUAAUGUAUUACAUGGGCAUUUUUGUCAUAGAAGAAGAUUACAGUUGACACAUUCAGAGCUUUA